AUGUCUUUGAACGACGAGGGUUAUGUAGUGAGGAUCAGAGGACUGCCCUGGUCUUGCACUCAGGAAGAGGUGGCCAGCUUCUUCUCUGACUGUGACAUCGUGGGGAAGGUAAAUGGUGUGUGUUUCACCUUCUCAAAAGAAGGUCGUCCCAGUGGAGAGGCUUUUGUUGAGCUGAAGACAGCUGAGGAUUUCAAGAACGCCAUUGCCAAGGACCGUAAAUACAUGGGACACAGAUACAUAGAAGUGUUCAAGUCAAACCGUAGUGAGAUGGACUGGGUGUUGAAACGUAGCGGCCCUGCUGACUAUGACGGCUGCAGUGGCUGCAUGCUGAGACUCAGAGGCCUGCCGUUUGGCUGCAGCAAGGAAGAGAUCGUUCAGUUCUUCUCAGGGUUGAGAAUCGUGCCAAAUGGGAUUACUCUGCCAGUGGACUACCAGGGGAGGAGCACAGGGGAAGCCUUCGUGCAGUUUGCCUCAAAGGAGAUAGCAGAAAAGGCUCUGGGGAAACACAAGGAAAGAAUAGGGCACAGGUAUAUAGAAAUUUUUAAGAGCAGUCGUAAUGAGAUCAGAGCAUAUUAUGAGCUGCCCCGACGUGGGAUGGGGGGCCAGAGACCGGGGCCCUAUGAUAGACCUAUGAUGGGGGGGCCCAGAGGAGGGUUCUUUGGGCCUGGGCCUGGCCGUGGAGGAGCCCUAAUGGACACCAUGAGGAGUGGCGGAGGCUACGGAGGAGGUUACGGUGGUUUCGACAACUACAACGGCUUCAACAACUACUGUUUUGGCAACGGCAUGUUUGAUGACCGGGUCAGAGGAGAGAGGGGAGGAAGAGGUAUGGGAGGCCAUGGCUAUAGUGGGUCAAGUGAUGCUGGUUCAGGCUUCCACAGCGGUCAUUUUGUCCACAUGAGGGGUCUGCCAUUCCGCGCUACAGAGGGAGACAUAGCUAAAUUCUUCGCUCCUCUGAGUCCGCUGAGGGUUCACAUCGAUGUGGCUCCGAACGGCAAGUCGACCGGUGAGGCGGACGUGGAGUUCCGCUCUCAUGAAGACGCUGUGGCGGCCAUGUCCAAGGACAAGAACCACAUGCAGCACCGCUACAUCGAGCUGUUUCUCAACUCGACAGCCAGCGGAGCAGCCGAGAUGAGUCGUGGUGGCGGUGGUUACUAUGGUAACUCAGGAGGAGGUGGAGGCUCACGGGGCAGCGGGCUGCGAGGUGCAUUCUGAUGACAUCAUCCCAUUCUUCCAACCCAUCCUGACGUUUGUCCCACAUCUUUUAAGGCCUCAUUUACUCCUCAAGUGUCUCAAAGCAGGAGCGCUGAUUCAAAGUCACCGACAACUUUGGUUUUUACAAGAAACAAAAAAAAAAGAGCUUCCCUUUUGUUGUGUCGCACCACUGAUCCCUCCUGUUUAGGGCUGCCUCAGUAUGUGGUGGUUGUAGCCGGCAGGGACCGAGCCUGGCUGAAGGUGCAACAUGUAAAGUUCUGUUAUGUAUUAUGCUUUAAAAUUUGGAUUGGGAUUUUUUUUUUUUUUUGCCCCGUGUAGAUAAAGUUAGAAUGUGGCAUUUAAUUUUUAAAUUAUGUUAUUGGACGCCACCAUCGUUGAUCGUGCUCCAUCUUUCAUUAUAGUUAUAAGCAACUGAAGAUUCAGCAGGGGGCGCACUUUCACGGGUCACAGAUGUAGCAGGAUUUGUUUGCUUUGUUGGAGCAGAAUCAUUGUGACUGUCAUGUCACUGCUGUGGCUGGGCAUGGAGACACUGUAAGAACCUCCUUAAAAAACGAAUGAAUUGUUGAUUGUGGCACAUCACUGAGGAGAAUGAGCAGUGUGUCAGGCGAUACAGGCUCUUUGGGUAGUAACAGCUGGCAGCGUCUAAAGAAAAGAAGACUGCAGGGCACCCUUCUUAAUUUUUUUUUCCUAAAGGCAGUAGCCAAAAUGACAGUCUUUUUAUUUAACUUGAGAGAAACUGGGUUGUAUUUGAGUUUAUACUGAUUUAUAGGUUCGUUUUCAGCCAAUGCCCCCUCUGUGGCUGUAAUUUCUGUCUUUGUAAGCCUUCAGUUUGAUUUAUGCAUGAAAACAAAACCGAGUGAAUGAGGGCAACAGAUUUUGAUUUGAACAUACUGGUGACUUUUCAUCAGCUUGCCUGCUUUGAAAUGUUUGAUAAAUGUGAGUCAGUGUGUUUUCUAUGAAUGUUUUCACAUGUUCAUUACAAAACAAAAACAAAGCUGAAUAUUAUAUUCCACUCUCAAAGAGCGGAAAUAAAAAAUGAAAAUCUCUAUAUUUGAGCUGUAAGAUAGCUUAAGCAGCUGUUGUACAUUUUGCCUAAUAAAUUUUAUAUUUAAUUCUC